UGGAAUAACUGCUCUGUCAUUAUAAGUUUUUUUUUCAGAAUCAGUUAGAAGGGGGCGUGAAUAUUUCUUGGGGAUCUAGAUGAUAUCGUGAAGCAGCCGUUGCUGGUAUACUAUGGAUGACACCUCUUCUAUACUAUGGAUGACACCUCUUCUACUUCUUUUGCGAUUUCUUCACUCGUCACGGCAUGGUGGAUUCUGAAACAAUGACUCAUUUUGCCUUGUCCUCAUAUGUGGACAUCUUUACUAAUCAACAUCAACAACACCUCCUGCGAAACGUACCACAACCACAACUAGAUCUACCGCAGAAUAACGAUAACAUCAAGCACAAGUUAUUUCAGUUUCGUAAAAUAACCUUUCAAGUAAGACGAGUAUCAGCAUCAACUAAGAGUACUUCUUCUACUUCAUCAACACCGAAAAUAUCGACAAGAAAAUGGCAGUCUCCAUCCCUGUGAUUGCUGGGGUGCUGGCUAUGCUCCUAUCCACCGUGUUUCUCUUUCUCUAUCUCCACGUUUCGCGAUUAGUGCAGCAUCAAGGGAAGAGGACCAGUUCGAAAGAACAAGACGACGACGAUCAAGUCCAGUUGAAAGAAGACUACUAUUAUAGUACGAGUGCUUUUGAAUCAUCUACUUUGGCCAGGUUGAGGGAGGCUGAAAAGCUGGAAGCAUCACUAGCAUCUUUUGGCGCAUCAUCCUCGUUGAUUGCCACAGCUAUGGGGACAGCAGCUUCUUCUCCUGGAGGUACUCCUGGCACCACUUCUAAGCCAGCAGGUGGAGGUGCAGCUCCAACCUCUAGGACUGGAAGUAAAUCCAUGUUCUCGAGGACCAAGCAAGGAUCUUCGAUGUUUGGUAGUAAGAUGAACAAAGGUUCAACUACUCGAAACUUCAGCACCUCCAUAUUUUAAGGCUACCGCUGGACCAUCCUCAACAUCAUCCUUGGCCCUUUUUUCAAGGAGAAAAAGGCACCAGGGAGGUUCUCGGGGGUGCGAGCGCGGUAGCUCUAAAUAUUAGGUGCUGGCUCAGCGUCGUCGACGCCAACGACUGUAGCUGGUUCUUCGCCGAGUGUUGGAGAGGGGGAUUCGCAAGCAGAGGUUCUUCAACAUCAUGUGCUCACAUCAGCGCAAGAAAAACGUAUGCGAACGGCAAUGCGAGGAUCAUUGUCGAUGAAGAGUAGUGCAGCUCCGACACCGGUAGACAGCAAGAAUCCGAGUGCAAGUACUACGCCCACUGAGCUUAGAGGAGCGGGUGUUUUUAAUCAACAGAAGAUGUUGAAUUAUGCCAGCAGUAGAAGCAAUAGUACAACUCUUGAGGAGCUGCCGGAGGAGGUACAAGAACUAUAUGCUGGUACAACUAGUGGUCAAGGUCAGCAACAUCGUAACAGUUACAACACUGGUGGAGGACUUCGUUCGGCACGAAACUCCACAGAAAUUGAGCUAGUCUUGGUGGAUAAUCUUCCCUCGCCGAUCGAGACUGAGCCAUCACCAGUUCUACCACGUCCCGUCACGGAGUUACUAAGCGAACGCGACGGCGGCGAACAAGAUCCUUUUUACAAUGUCAACAAUCACGAGCAAGAAGAUUAUAGUACAGAUGAAGAUCAUGGUACCACCAAAGAGGACUACAAUUUCUACAACACUACAGCUCCCGGUCGUAAGACCACAGCAGCUUUCACACCAUCUUCGAGUCAAGGAGAUGACCUGCGCAAAAGUUUCAUGGACUCGCGAAAGGGGAGUUUAGCCUCUACGGCUGUAUCAUCUGGUACUGGUCUAGUGUCCUCAUCUGCAUCGUCAUCCUCAGCUUUAACACCAACAACACUACAGGAUCCAGGCACUAGUAUCAUGUCUGGAAAUCCAACUUCUAAGACGAACCAUUUCUCCUCAGGACAAGGCGGGCCAGCAUCGUCCAGCAAGAUGUUGGAUCGCAUUAGCGAAGCCAGUGUAAGCACCAAUACGCGUGGUAGUUCGGCUAGCGUCUCGUCCAUGCGGAGUUCGCAUGUGAGUAGCCGAGUCAGCCAGGACAGUCAAUUGCGCUUUCGCGGAGCCCGGUCAGCGGGUUCUUUAAGGCUUCUCCUAGUAUUCCAGGAUGAAUCUCAAGAGGGAUCAUUUAGACCAGGAUUUUUCUCGUUGCACCACGUAGUUUUUUUUUGAAAAAUGUACCGGGUCACUUUGGGUGCAUUUUGCACCCCAUUUUUGGAAAAAAGCUGCCGGGUCAUUUUGCGAGGACCGAAGCGGCCCCAUCUAGUGGGGGCUAGGGGGUGCCUUAAGGCGACCCUUUUUGGUCCAAAAUGGUCGCCAAAUGACCCGGGUCGUUUGGGGUGUCAAAGUGGGGUCUUUUUGCCCCCCUUUUUGACACCCCUCCAAAGCACCUCCGAGCCGAGCCUCCCAAGGGUUGGGAGACUUAGAAGCAUUCCAGGAUGAAUCUCAAGAGGGAUCAUAAGGCGUGCUCUAAGUUCUCAGCAAGGAGAAAUUGCCUUAGGGCAAGAGGAAGAGGCCGCAAGACGGGCAACGAUCGCGGCAAUCGAAGAGGAAGAUGAGGAUUCGGAACAGGAGAGAGAAGCUGGAGGACAUGAUGGAGGGAAUAUGGUAACAUCUUAAUACUCAUCCUCGUAUAAGGAAGUGAUGUAAAAGGGAUGAACAUCUUAACACUGUAAUCUUUAUGUGCUGCUGCUGUCGGUUGCGUUUUUUGGACCACAUAAGUAAGUACUUGUUUCUCGCGAAAACUGUACCUUUCCUUCCCACUACUUGCUUGAUAUCAACUACCAUGCAUAUUAAGAAAUAGCCAACAACUCUUCUAUAAUGAUCAGGAAUUUCCGACCAACAAGUCGAGCCGUAUCGCCUAUGAUAGCACCACCAUGCUCGGAGGUGAAGGGCAUGCGACCUUACUAGAGGACUUUGAUAUGACGGCUACGGAUUUCGUACAGGAUGCGCCACGGCCGGCCAAAAGACUCACUUGGCGCGAAGACAAGAACGUUCUAGCUGCUGAAGCCUUCGUUAAAGUCAGAGCUGAGGGGCUUUUUGGGCAGUUGAAGUACUUACUAUAUUAAUGCGAUAGUGAUGAAGAUUUUCUUCUUCUUGUUUCCUAUGAUUUCUACUACUCUGUCUUUCUCAAUGAUGUUCUUGCUUCUUGUUCCUGCAGAAUAACCAUGUACCAGUUUGAUAAAGUAUAAUCUUCAAUCAUGAAAUGCACCAUACGAAAACGAAUUAUUGAUUCGAUAAUCCUCUCUCAGAGAGCAAUACCCGAUCGCUGCGAAAGACCGGUGUGACGAAGAGGUCGCUGUGGUGUUGAAGAACCUGCAGACACUGGUUUCGGAUAUCGCGGGAGAUAAGUGUGGCCGACAGCGUGUGAGUUAAGACUUUGAUGUUCAUUACUUGCUAGGUUUUGACUAAAUUGGAAUCAAUCACUGAUGAAGACUACAAAGGAACGAGGGAAGAAUUGGGAUACUUAUCCACGAAUCGUAGCAGUCAGAAAAUGAAAACCCACUCUAAUGACCCAAGCAGACCAUCAUAGGGAAUGCUGUGAUGGCAGCCGAUGCGCUAGAGGCGGUGCGCAGUUGCAGUACAGCCAAAUGGGCCUCUCCUGCGACACAGAAGGUCGCGGAGCAACUACUGUCCAGUCUGGUUACGAUUGUGUUUUGUUUUUGAUUGGAGCACAGCCGGUCGCUCUUUACGUUUUGUUUCAAGACUAGGUUUAGGGGGUUCUUUUCAUGACUAUGCAGGAGUUCGUUUUUUAUUACCCUACCGCUAGUCUGUGUCAGUCUCAGUCUGUCUGAAACGAAAUGGUUUUGUUCUAAAUAUGGAUCGAGUUAGAAAUAGCAACAUAAUGUUUUGACUACAGGUGUUUUUCGAGAGUUAUAGAGUUAGGGUAACCAACACCUGCAACGUGGUGGUACGCAUGCAUUAGUUUUUUUGAAAGUCUACUAGUAUGAAUGACUAAUCAGGAGGUAAAUAAAAUAGGUGUAAAUAAAAUAGGUUGCAGUAGCUUCUUUGAUCUUCGAUCUGGCAUAUGUUCUUGUUUCUUCAUAGGCAUGGAUGUAUUUUGGUAAAGUUUGUUUCGCAUAUAAGAAUUAGAUAGAUGAGCUAGGGGUCAUAAUGGUAUAUCAGGGCAAAUUUCUUAAGGCGUUGAUCUCAAGCAGGGGUAGUAUGUUCAGGUAUGCACAAUACAUGCAGGAAUAUUCGAAGUAGCAUUCUUCACUGGUGGCAUUCCAUGAUAGACAUGCGGAAAUUCGUCCACCAAAACCAAUCACUAGUUGUCAGCAUAAGUUUUCUUGUUGUUUAUCUAGAGUGAUCAAACAUCAGCUUCUUGCGAUGCUUGGAGGAAUGUCGGUUUGGCUCAAAAAGUGGUUGAGAAACACUAAGAAAUUCAAAUCAACGGUGACCACACACAGACACAUAUGAACAGUCUUGGAAACUACAGAAUAACACGGACAAGAUGAAGAUAGAAACUUUUGCGAAGAUUCUCCAGACCACAACAUAGAGGUACUAAAAUACGAAUCUCACGAACAAGAAUCCAUUGAAAGAUGCUAGAUUAGACCCACA